AUGAGCCUGGAGAAAUUCAUAACAGAGUUCACAAACGAAUUCUGGACAGUCAUUGAUGGUAACACCAAUGACCUCUUGCUGAAUGAGUUGAGCGGUGGUGCCCGAAUCAGCUUCAUCUUCCAUGAACUGUUCAACAAUGGUAUGAAGGGCAUCGACCCUUUCGAUCAGGUCAAGGAUGGAGAUAUCCAAACUAUCUUGUACAAUUCUUCAGGUCAAACACCAUCACUUUUUGUUGGCUCGCAAGCCUUUGAAAUUAUCGUCAAGCAACAGAUCAAGCAACUGGAAGAGCCAAGUGUGAAAUGCUGCCAGCUCAUAUAUGACAAACUCAUUCGCAUUCUUGGACAACUGCUACAGAAGAUCGUACAUAUUCACGCGACCCAAGAUUGCAAUGAUGUGCUAAUGGGACCAUACAGCAAGCCUUCAGAUGUUUCCCUGCACUCCCAUUAUACUUUGAUAAUGCCUCUCCUUUUGAAUGUUUCUCCGUAA